AGUAGCAGUUCGCUCGAGGUGGAUUGUCAGAAAGGAGUAGCCCAAUAGAUGAAAACUGAAUGUAAAUUAGAUGUUUCCUGUUCCCUCUCACUUGAGAUGGAUCGAUUGCAGGAGAUCGCGGCUUUCCAAGAGUGCUCAUAUGCCAGUGAAAUUGACUCAAAGCCUGAAUGAUGUGAAAAGGCACCGGCCGCGUUCGUUUUGUUUUUAACCUUUCGGAAGCAAGGCACGUCACCCGCCGUCCCGAUUCUUCGCGUGACAUCGGCAGGUAGAUAAUCUGCGUCCCAGACCGUCGCUCAACCAUGUCCACACUGAGCGAAAAUAAGUCACUGGUACUACAACGCCAUAUUUUUUUCUGCAUUUAUUAUGCCUCACGCGGCUGUUGCCAUACGAAUUUCAAAAGUAGGUAGCUCUGUAAAAGUUUCUGUAUUUAUUUUUUUUUUGUGUUGUAAAAAAUCAUCAAUUAUACCGUGGCGCUUGGCUCCUAAUCCGCAUGGUAUACUCGAUUCCACAAGUUGA